AUGGCGAGAAAACAGAAAGAGACCAAACGAAGCCGAGAACGGCGAAAAAGAAAUGAGAAGAAGAUCGGAAAAGAAAAAGCCGCAAGCAAGCGAGCGAAUGGCGAGAGGCAGAGGAAGGUGUCGAGGGCAGACAAGAACGAGAAAGAUAUCGGAAACCUACUAAAACAGACGAUCAGAACCGAGUCGACAGAGGAACGCCGGCACCAGGCAGAGGAGAAGCUUACAACGGCGCUGAAUCAUGGUCUCACAGAGCAAACGCGGAAAGGAUAUAGCGGCUACGUGAAGAAAUUCGAAACGUUUGCCGAAGGGAUCAGGUCCCAAUCGGAAAAGCCCCCAAGCCGACCGGAGAUACCCUCUGUUGCCUUCUCGCCAGACGGUCACAAGAUCGUUUCUGGAUCCUGGGACAAGACGGUGCGGGUAUGGAAUGCAGAGACGGGCGAACCGCUUGGACCCGCGCUCGAGGGACAUACCAAUGCGGUCUUGUCUGUCGCCUUCUCGCCAGACAGUCACAGGAUUGUUUCUGGUGACAUUGACAGAAAAUUGCAGAUUUCAAAUAGUGCAGCAGGUGGCUCGCUUCGCAUUACAUAUCAGCAGCACCGUCUUGAUCAUGAUGGCUGGUUAGUGGGACCCAAUGACAAGCAUCUCAUUUGGGUACCAGAAAACUUUCGAACUGGGCUU